AUGGCGAGAAGCGAUCUUUCGAGUUUUGCCUCUACUCUCCUUCUGUUUCUGCAUCUACUGACGGUAGCCGAAGCGGAAAUGGUUAAGUCUGACAAGUUUCCGAUAGUGGUGAGUACUUGGCCUUUCCUUGAGGCCGUUAGAGCCGCUUGGAGAGCAGUUGAUAAUGGAAGCUCUGCAGUAGAAGCUGUUGUGGAAGGUUGUUCUGCUUGUGAGGAACUCCGCUGUGACGGCACAGUUGGGCCUGGAGGAAGUCCGAAUGAGAACGGUGAGACCAUGAUUGAUGCUUUAGUCAUGGAUGGGGUGACUAUGGAGGUUGGAGCUGUUGCUGCAAUGCGGUAUGUCAAAGACGGUAUAAGAGCUGCAAGAAUGGUGAUGAAAUACUCUCAACACACAUUGCUAGCAGGGGAAGGAGCAUCAGCGUUUGCAAUCUCCAUGGGUCUUCCUGGACCAACGAACCUAAGCUCCCCUGAGUCUGUAAAGAAGUGGUCGGACUGGAAGGAGAAUCGAUGUCAACCUAAUUUCAGGAAGAACGUAGUCCCUGCAAAUGACUGUGGACCUUACAAGCCAGAGGAUGGUGCUAUGGAUGUUUCUUGCGAGAUGGGGAAGAUUGAGUAUAGACCUCCUCUUGUUGGUCCUCACAAUCAUGAUACCAUAUCAAUGGCUGUCAUUGACAAAAUGGGGCAUAUAGCUGUUGGGACGUCAACCAAUGGAGCCACAUUCAAGAUUCCUGGGAGAGUGGGGGAUGGGCCUAUCGUCGGCUCAUCAGCCUAUGCCGAUGAUGAAGUAGGUGGAUGUGGUGCAACUGGAGAUGGUGACAUCAUGAUGCGCUUCCUCCCUUGUUACCAAGUUGUGGAGAGCAUGAGACAAGGAAUGAAAACAGAAGAAGCUGCCAAAGACGCCAUCUCGAGAAUAGCCAGGAAGUUUCCGGAUUUCGUGGGGGCGGUUGUGGCUGUUGACAAGAACGGGUCUCAUGCAGGAGCUUGUUACGGUUGGACGUUUCAGUACUCAGUCCAGGACCCUGACAUGGACGAUGUUCAAGUCUUCACGGUGCUUCCAUGA